GCUUAUUCUUGGCUAUCAUGAUACACGAGAUAAAAUUUCCCUUUAUUCUAAAGGUUCUGGAGGUCUCGAUGAACUUCGUAAUAAUCUUAGAGAGGAAGUGCUUUAUGGUUUCCUUAGAAUUGAAAACAGAUUCGUCUUGCUUACUUAUGUUAGCGAAGCACCCGCGCGUUGGUCCACGGCAGAGCCGUUGGCACAUCAAAUUCAGAUUAAUGCUUCCACCCCAAAUGACCUUACGGAAGCUAAUGUCCGUAAUAGAUUGAAAUUAGGUGAACCAGCUGAAAGACCAAAUUCUCCUCCAGGUCCGAAGCGUAGUCAAACUCUUCCCGGUACUCCACCGGCUGGAAGCCCUGUUCAACCUCAAGUUCCUGUGUCUCCUGUUUCUCCUAAACAACAACCUCAACCUGACUCAGGAAAUGAUGAAGCUCUCUUAAAACAAGAAUCUGAAAGACGCGCUGCUGAAGACGCUGAAAGACUAGCGCGUGAAAAAGGUGAACGUGAUGCUGUUGCCCAAAGAAAAGUGGCUGAACAAGUUGCUAGGGAGGCCGCUCAAAGGAGAGCUGCUGAAGAGGCUGAAAAAAAGAAACAAGAAGCAGCUGACCAAGAAAGAAGAGAAAAGGCUGCUGCAGAAGCAAAAGCUAAAGCAGAACUUGAACGUAAAAAUCGUGAAGAAGCUGAGCGAAAACGUAACGAAGAACUUAGAAAUAAAUUUGCUGAAUUGGAAAAGAGUGGCAAGUUCUGGAAACGUCGUUUCUUUGAACUUCGCGGCAAGACACUCUACCUUUUCCGAGAUGAAACUGAUAAGCUUCCCAUUUCCAAACUUGAACUUGAUGGUCAAGUCACUGGCGUAACAGAUGCACAAUCUGAA